CAGCUGUCAUGUCAAUGUCAGAUGUGUUUGUGUUCUAAACAAUUUCUGAGAAACUUUUCCUUAAAAUUUACGUUGUACUUACCGUGGGAUUUUCUGCCCGUUUUACCGUCAAUGAAGCGUAAAUAGUGAACCAUCAAACGAUAAUUAAUUGUAAUGGAAGUUUUAAAAGAUUACGACAAUGCAGACACGAUCAGUAUUGAUACUUUGGCGCUUGAAGAACUUCUUGAAGAGGAAAGGGCGAGAGAAUUGGCCGACUUGAACUCCUUGAGUAAAAAAGUGUGUCACCUUCAUACAAGUUUGCUGUAUUAUCGUAACUCAAAGUCUAAGAUGGGUGCAGCGAGCUAUGAAACUUGGAGGACACUGGUAAAGAAGGUCGGAGGCACCCCUGACGGUUGGAGGGAUCUUGGCUACAUUUUAGGGAUACCACAGGAUGAUUUGGAUUACAUAUCAAACUCAAUGAAAUAUGAACCAGACCCAACUAAUGUAGUACUUAAAGUGUUCAUGCAAGACGAAGAUUCAACAUUGGACAAAAUAAUAGACGCAUUCCUGAAGCUGAAACGCUACGACAUAUUAAAAGCACUCGAGCAGUCGCUCCUUGAUCUCACACAAUGCUUUAACGAUAAACAGGAAGACAGUGGUUAUCAUAGCAAUAGCAAAAACGUACAUCGUGAAAUAAUAAGUUACAUGAAAAAUUUGGUCAACGACUUACCUCCCGCCUUAUCAAGAAAUAAAGACUAUAACCAACCAAAUCCAGUACCAAGAAUACCGUUAAAUCCAGUAGAUAUCAAUGUACAAAAGGAUGGACCUGUUCUGUUUCUCACAUAUGCGGAAGAUGGUUUACGAACUGCUUGUAAUAUUCAGCAAUUGGUUGCUGGUUGGGAUUCAGAAGUUACAGUGGUUAUGCUCAAUGAUAGAAGGGAUGAAGUUUAUCAGAAUCCGGAAAGGUUUAUUAGGGAGUAUGUGGAAAAGGCUGAUUAUGUAGUACCCAUCCUCACAACGGGAUACCUAAGCGCUAUAAGAACACACAACACCAGCGCACCAAGCACCAACGGCAACUUAGACCACAAAUACGUCAACUAUGUCUACAAUUUAAUCACUGGACAAUAUAUUUAUGCAGACGGGUGUCUAAAUAAGAAGGUGAGGAGUGUAUUGCCUGAAGGAGUGUUUGUUCCUUGGAUGUUGAUUUCGUCUUAUCCGGUGUUGAAACCGUGGACUUGUGAGGCAGAUUUUGAUAAACAGUUUAAAUCGUUUCUAGGGUUGACUGGCUCAUAGAUGAAGGUAUUAUUGUAUUUGGAUUGUAUUAUUCUUAUUAUACAGCAAUUUAAUUGGCCGUAACUGGUAAUUUCCUUAAACUAUACUUUUUGGAAAUUACGGCCAAGUAUCAGUGUAAGAUAUAGAUAUUAAGUGCCUUCUAGCUUUAUAUUUCUUAAACUGAAAAUGUUAUGAAAUUAAGCUUUACUCUUAGCCUUGCGUUUAUAAAGUUAUCCGAAAUUAAAUAAUAGUUCAAAUUGUAUAAGCUUAGUUUGAUUGUUUUUAUUUAAUAUUAUUUAAUCUUAAUAGUUCUUUGCCUCAAUGUACCUUAUUAUCGUUUAAGUAAUGAUUGGGUUGUGCGCUCAAAUUCUGGCAGUUCAAUUGUAUUAAUGUAGUCUAAUUAUGAAUAAAACACUUUUAUAU